AUGACAGCCGACCACCGGAGUGCCGAGGUGCAGUCGCUGCGCGCGUUCAUUGAUGCCAAGAAGCGGGGCGUUGGGGAAGCCGAGAAGAGGUACGAUGUUCCUGCAGCAGUGAAGGAGCUGCGAGAUCUGGCUGCCCCCUUGCUGAACCCAGAGCAGUUUACGUCGACGAGGAAGGACUUGUACUUGAAUUUUUUCUAUCGUGAAGUAGUGUCAUUUCUGCUGAAAUUCGUGGCCGUUCAUCUCGAAAUUUGCUUCUCGGAGCGAGACCGAGAGCGAGCAUUCGACGUAUUUUUCGAUCGAAAAGUUGUUCCUUCUAGCCGAGCAAUUGGCGCUCUGGUUUCGACGCUUUCUGCCAUACAAAAAGUCCCUGACGGACCGAAUAGAACGGUGGAUGAAGACGCAGAGGUCUCGACUACGCAGUGUGUCCGGCUGCUGGAGAAAGCUGUUGUGAGCGGUGGCAUACAAGAUAUCGUGACUGAAAUGCUGGUGCAAGAGCAGCAAACAACAACGGGUGGCGACAGGACGGAUGUGAUCGGUCAGCAGGUGCUCGUGUCGCAGCUUUCAUCUCUACCAGAUCUCAUCUUCAAUCGCUGUCAGCGCAACACCCCAGCUGCGUUUCGCCCCCGUCGGUACUUUCCGACUCUCUGUGAUGGCUUAUUCCACGGCCUUGUCCAGCCAAAGGUACCUGUCUGUCGACUGCAAACCUUUCGCAUGUUCGUCGACAAGCUGACGCGCAUCGGCCAAACUCACAUGCUCGUUCAAAGCUGGUUGCGAUCGAUUGGCACUUCAUCUGUUGCACCGAUCAAUCAGACUUUAUUUGAAAGUCUUCCAGAAUCAUGCCAUGAGCAGAUUUUGCUCCACAUUUCGAACGAAAAAUGUUCCAGCUCUUUGAGCGCACCAGAGGCGCUAGCACACUCGAAGUACAGGCUUCUCGCCCAGAUUCCUCCGGCGCUGUGCGUUAAUAAGCACUUCCAGUAUGUUGUCGUGCACAAGUUGCUGCUGCGAAGACCGAUCGACGACUUUUUGUUCUGGCGUGUAUUAGUUGACGUAGUGGCGCAGUGUAGCGGCGACUUGUGCGAAACCCCGCUGGCAGCUUUAUUUGACAUGGUACUCGCGCGGUGGAGUCAAAGCGAUUUUGCGAUUAGCACCGAUUACACCGUGAAUGCUUCAGUUUGCUUUUUUCUUCGCUACAGUAUGCAAAAAUUUGCGGGGCACAGUGGAAAAGCAGGAUUCACGAAGCAAGACUGGAUCACAAAGAUAUGCAAAGGAGUCCAAGACCACAUGAGUCAUUCUCUCGAGCGUGUACGAGUGCUAGGCAUGCGGGUCGGAGAGAGCUUAUCUCACAUAAUCGCGUCUGAAAAGCCACUGAAUUUUGGCCUUGAUUGCGAAGACCCUGUAGCAAUUUAUGGAUGCACCGUGCCACCUGCCGAGCUCGAGAAAGACAUGUUGGGUCCGGGUUCAUGUUUCGCCCAAGAAGCACGUGGAGCUUCAUUUGCGCUUGGCACAAGUGACAACAAAACGAGCCGAAAUGGACAAAAGCAACCGGGAAAACAAAAAGCAGCCAAAGCGUUCAUCCUUGACCCGGACGAGCUGGUGCUUGGUGACGAUGAUGGUGCAAAUGCGUCGGACGUUGAUGGCGAAUCGGAGGUUAGCUCUGAUGGUGAAGACGCUAACUCUGACGUGAGCUUGGAAGCGUAUGACUUGCAGGAUGACGAGGAAGAUUUGAUGACUAAACGGCCUCUAUAUCUAAGGGACCUGACUGCCGGUCUUUUAUCGGAUGAUGAUCGCGAGAAAACAGAAGCUGCUUUAAAUGAGGCCGAAGCUUUGCUCCGCCGUCAGCCUCGUGAUCUUAAAGACAAAGCAUUUGGGAUCGUGCAGGCACUGCUACGACUUGAAGACAAGUAUAGUACACCACAAUUCACCAUGCUGCGCUCGCAAGCUCUUGCUACGGUAUGCGCGCUAGCGCCGACUCAAACUUUGCCGUACAUGUGCAGCCAGGCGCUUGAGCGAGAACAGUUGCUACAGUCACGCAUUGACGUGCUCCAGGCGAUGACUUCAGCUGCUCAAGAACUUUCCGAAAGAGGCGAUGGCUACCAGCGCCCACAAUUGCCCAAAACACUGCUUCAGGAACAGAUUGAAAGCAACUUGACGACGCGCACGAUGCAAAGUCUGAAAACACGUCGUUGGGGCUAUCGGCGUGACCCGCUGGCCAUAGCAAAAAGAAACGCAUUUGCGCCGCUCGCAUUAGAGUUCUUCUCGCCACUGCUGUUUGGGUACGUCAAGUACGUGCAGAAACACUCCACCGGUUCCGACACAACUGGAAAGUCUCGCAGCGAACUGGAGCAAACGUUCCUGGCUCAUUUGUUGCACACCCUCUCAAGUUUUGUCGAGUGCAGCGGACACGCGCCUCAGACAACGGCAAUGGCCAAGUGUUUGCUGGAGUUUUGCUGGAGCGAACGUGCUAACGCGAACGCUGAGGUGCGUCGCCAAGUGUUAUUUGGUCUGAGCCGCGUGCUGCUGGUAGUACCACCCGCGCUGCUACAGCGGGAAAUGGGCGAUACACUGAUUCGACAAGUAGCUCCAUGGAUUUCUCACGUUCAACAGCAAGACCCUGAUGCUGGUUGUCGAGAGGCGGCACGGCUACUGAGCUCGUUGACGUCGGUUCGGGCAGCGUCGUUAUCGAUCAUCUAA